UCUGGGUUCAGUUGUGACGAGGAAGCAGCUAGCGGUUUAGAGUCCUUGGAACACCAUGUCCUUAGAUUUUGGCAGUGUGGCACUGCAGACACAAAAUGAAGAUGAAGAGUAUGACAAAGAAGACUAUGAAAGGGAGAAAGAGUUGCAGCUGUUACUCACCGACCUGCCGCACGAUAUGCUGGAUGAUGACCUGUCCUCUCCCGAGCUCCACUAUUCCGACUGCAGCGAGGAUGGCACAGAGGGAGAACUACAUCACUCUGAGCAAUUGGAGAUGAAUUGGCGUGAGCAUCAAGUGCUCCCUAAAUCUCAAAGUGUAAAUGACUAUAAUGAGAUUCGGGAUGUAUAUAUUGGAGAGAAAAGUGGCAACGGCUGGGAAGACAGUCAAAGUAAAAAUGACGACAAGCGUCCUGGCUGCCAUACCAAAGAAGGUGAAGAUGAAGGUGGAAGUGGUUAUACUCCUCCAAGUAAUUAUGAACAGACAGAUUUAUAUCACCUUCCUGAAAACUUUAGGUCAUAUAUCAAUGGUCAGAAGCAGGAAUUUAAUAGUCAACCAACCAAUGUAAUUAAAUUUUCAGAUCCUCAAAGGAAUCAUUUCCAGCAAUAUGUUACAUCACAAGGUCCUAGUUGUCAAGCUUUGGAACCAUAUAAAAUGACAUAUACCUAUCAGGCUUCUGCCCAGAAUAAUGACUCACCAGCCCAGGAGAUAGCAGGAAGUGACACAUUUGAAAGCCUGCAACAACAAUUUUUAGGAGCUAAUGAAAAUUCUGCAGAAAAUAUGCAGAUUAUCCAACUUCAGUUUCUUAAGAAAGCAGAGAGACAACUAGACAAUUUAGUUGACAAGUUAAAUGAAAGUGAGCAUCAAAUUAGAUAUCUGAAUCACCAGAUUCUAAUAAUCAAAGAUGAAAAGGAUGGCUUGACCCUCAGCCUCCGAGUAUCACAGAAACUCUUUCAGAAUGGAAAAGAGAGAGAGAUACAGCUUGAAGCACAAAUAAAAGUGCUGGAGACCCAAAUACAAGCACUAAAAGUGAACGAAGAACAGAUGAUUAAGAAGUCCAGGACAACUGAAAUGGCUCUGGAGAGCCUGAAGCAGCAGCUGCUGGACCUCCGUCAUUCAGAAUCACUUCAGCGUGCUAGAGAGCAGCAUGAGAGCAUUGUGAUGGGCCUCAUGAAGAAGUAUGAAGAGCAAGUGUUGUCCUUACAAAGGAAAUUGGAUGCUACAGUUACUGCGCUUAAGGAACAGGAAGAUAUUUGUUGUCAUUUGAAAGAUCAAGUGAAAGAACCGGAAAGGAAUCAAGAAGCAACCAAAUUAGAAAAGACUGAGAUCAUUAACAGAUUGACGAGAAGUCUAGAGGAGAGUCAGAAGCAGUGUGCCAACUUCUUGCACUCAGGCUCUGUACAGGAGGUGGCUCAGCUAUGGUUCCAGCUGCAGCAAGCACAAAAAGCACAUGCUAUGAGUGAAAACAUGAACAAGGCUUUGCAAGAAGAAUUAACAGAACUAAAAGAUGAAAUUUCUCUCUAUGAAUCUGCUGCAAAAUUAGGAAUACUUCCAAGUGACUCAGAAGGAGAAUUAAAUAUAGAACUCACUGAAUCAUAUGUGGAUUUGGGUAUUAAAAAAGUCAACUGGAAAAAAUCCAAAGUGAAGAGCAUCGUACAGCAAGAAGAGCCAAAGGACGAACUUUCCAAAGAUGAGGUCAUUCUGAAGCUGAAAGCAGAAGUGCAGCGUUUGCUGGGGAGCAACGCGGUAAAGCGUCAUCUGGUGUCUCAGUUACAAAAUGAUCUCAGAGACUGUCAUAAGAAAAUGGAAGCUCUCCAACAAGCAGAGAAAGAUGAAAAAAGCAUCACAGUGGAGGUUUGUAGAAUUUGUAGAGUCAAAAACCCAUUUUUAAAAGGUUUAAUAAAGAAAAUGCUUACAAUCUUCACAUUUAAAUAA